CCAUGAAGAUAACUUGAACCAAAAAUUAAACAGAAUCCACUCUGUUUUCUCACCGUUUUGUAACUUUGUCUCCUAUCAUCUCUUCAACUUUCUCUCUCUUCUCUGUGCCAUUCCAUUUCUUCCCUCUUUCCUUCUUCCUUUGGUACUUUCUUUCUCCGCCUAAUUGCAUACUUUUCCAUGUUCAAUAAUUCUCACCAAAAUCCCUACCUUGUUCCGUGUUUGAUUUGAUUAAUAAUAUCAAGAUCCAAGCACAAAAUUAAUCUUGAGGAGUGUGUGAUUAUUCCGAAAUGACCCCACCCCACUUAGUGUUAUGAUAACUUGGAACCUUUUGCACGCAAGAAUAAGCUGUACACACGCAAUAGCUCUAUUAUUUCUUCAUUUUUUGUUAUUGGUCAAACAAGCUGUACCUGGGAACCCUGAAUAUUCAAGCUGUGAUAUGGGGUACCUCAAUUCAGUUUUGUCCUCUUCAAGCCAGGUUCAUGCUGCAGAAGAUUCACCUGUCAGCGGAGGGGGCCUCAGUCAGAAUGGAAAAUUCAGCUAUGGCUAUGCUAGCUCCCCUGGCAAGAGAUCAUCAAUGGAAGAUUUUUAUGAGACGAAAAUUGAUGGUGUUGAUGGUGAAAUUGUUGGCCUAUUUGGAGUAUUUGAUGGCCAUGGUGGUGCUCGUGCUGCUGAGUAUGUCAAGCAAAACUUAUUUAGCAAUUUGAUCAGCCAUCCAAAAUUCAUUUCUGACACCAAAUCUGCAAUAGCUGAUGCCUAUAGCCAUACCGACUCUGAAUUUCUGAAAUCUGAAAAUACUCAAAACAGAGAUGCUGGAUCAACUGCUUCCACCGCCAUUCUUGUUGGUGACCGUUUGCUUGUUGCAAAUGUUGGGGAUUCCAGAGCUGUUAUAUGCAGGGGUGGAAAUGCCAUUGCUGUUUCUCGAGAUCACAAGCCAGACCAAACUGAUGAGAGGCAAAGGAUUGAAGAUGCAGGUGGAUUUGUUAUGUGGGCUGGAACUUGGAGAGUUGGGGGUGUUCUUGCUGUUUCUCGUGCAUUUGGUGAUAGACUCUUGAAGCAAUAUGUUGUUGCUGAUCCAGAAAUCCAGGAAGAAAAGAUUGAUAGCUCUCUUGAGUUUCUUAUAUUGGCCAGUGAUGGACUAUGGGAUGUUGUCUCGAAUGAGGAAGCUGUUGCUAUGAUCAAACAAAUUGAGGACGCCGAGGAGGCAGCAAAGAGACUGAUGCAAGAAGCAUAUCAGAGAGGUAGUUCUGACAACAUUACAUGUGUUGUGGUUCGUUUCUUGACAAACCAAGGUGCUUCUUCUCAUAAUAACUCUGGCUAAGUGUCCUUCGUUAGAAGGCUAGUGCAUAAUCUGGUGAUGGAUAAAAAAAGAUGGGAUGUGACAAAAUCAGUUUGUUAUAGUUGGUCAUAGGCACUCCUCGUAGCUGUGUACCAUGCAAGAAUAGAAAUGAAAUUUAAACUCACUAUGGUCCUCUCUAGCAUAGAGUUGUUGACACUAUAUCUCACUUCCAUAAUUGUGUCUUAUUUGUAGCCAGGAAAAGUAGUUGUGCAAAGAGUUUACGGUGUUUUAAUUGCACACACAUGACAUGCUGCUUGUAAAUGUGGUGUUGAUCUUAUUAAUUCCUCCACCUCCCAAACAAAAUACUUGUGUGCUUGGUUGAUGUUAAAUUUAAUUCCCCCUUCAUUGUCUA